UUAUCCAUAAAAUGAUACCACCACAGAGUACAUGUGAUAAUGCGCAUUUCACACAAUAUAAAAAGCUUACUUUUAUCGUUUAACCACUAAAAAUUUACUACAAUGGAGAAAUUAAGCCUCCUCGCGCUACCUUUCCUCUUGUUGUCUUUUGUUUCGAGGUCUGUAGAUGGUUUCGAUCACAAUGUGAAGCCCCACUGUCCCCCUGAGGUGGAGGUGUGCGAGUUUGACUGGGUUAUUGACUAUGUAGAGACUAUGAUCUAUUAUGAUAAAGAUGGGCGUGGAAAUCCUAUAGUUGUCAGAAAUGGUACACUCUUCCAGCGUUCGGAUUGUAAUACGCUUAUCCCAAUUGAUGUUAAUAAAGAUGCGGAUAGAGCAAUAUUUGCAGACGGAAAUUAUAAAAUGAUCUACAGUGUUAAUAAACAGUAUCCUGGUCCUUCAGUCGUGGUAUACGAGGGACAACAGGUUGUUGUAAACAUCAAGAAUAAUUUACUGAUGGAGGGACUUACGAUUCACUGGCACGGCAUGGUUCAGUGGCACACGCCUUGGAUGGACGGCGUGGGAACUGUUUCACAUUGUCCAAUCAACCCAGGGGAGACGUUCCAAUAUAGGUUUUUGGCUGAUCCUCCUGGAACCCAUUGGUAUCACUCUCACUUAGGAACAGAACGUACAGAUGGUAUGACAGGGGCACUGAUUGUGCUCCCUAGACCCGAUAAAGCAGAGAAACUGAGAGAUGAUUUACCGGAGUUAUCCGGGGACUUUGUCAUGGUUUUGACGGACUGGAAGCUCGACGCUUCUGUGGAGACAAAAAAUGAGGCUGACUGGGGACUGAACACGUUUUCAUAUGGAUUUAACGAAACUAAAUGCUACUCAUUCACAUUUGAUGCCACGGGAGGAGCAGUGGGUCUAUUUCCUUUUGAAGCAGCGCUUAUUAAUGGUAGAGGUAAUCAUUAUCUAAACAAAGACAACCCAGAACAGCCCGAUAUACCAGAGUUGCCAAUAGAAACGUUUAAUGUUGAACGAUACGGUUAUUACAGGUUUAGGGUUAUCAACUCGGGCAUGCUCUAUGCUUUCCGUGUAUCUGUCGACAAGCAUGACAUCCAAAUAAUAUCUGUCGAUGGUAAUGAUGUCACAAUGACCAGUGCUGAAUCAGUCAUGGUGUUUGGUGGUGAAAGAGUAGAUUUCAUAGUACUGGCUUCGGAAGACAUCAACAAUUACUGGGUGCGCGCGCAGACUUUGGAAGUAGCCAACGGUGAAGGGCCUUUUAAUCCUGAUACUGCACUCGCUGUCUUGCGAUACAGUGGAGCUCGUGUAGCAAUUCCUAAAACAGAUCGGUAUCAGUGCAGACCCAGAGAUCCAUGCAGGGUUGUUAACUGUCCUUUUGGACAAUACCCAGAUAGCUACAGCAUUGAUUGCCUUCCGGUAUCCGAUUUGAAAUCAACACCAGAACAGACUAAAGCUCAUCCGGUUCCGGUUGUCGCAUCCCCCGUUGAGUUUCAGGAAAUAUUUUUGAAUUUCCAUUUCUCUUCUACAGCAAAAAUCCCCUUUACAACGGCUGUAAACGGUCACGUGUUUGUCCCACCUACAUCUCCACCCCAGACCUAUCCUAGACAGUCUAAUACAACAGUAUCAUGUGAUCCUUUGGAUUGUUCAGACCAUUGCCAAUGUACCUACAUCGUAAAGCUUGAGAAAGACAAAACGGUGCAAUUGGUAUUGCAUAACAUGGAUGACGCACCUUUUGGUAUGCCUCAUCCUGUUCAUAUGCAUGGUCAUCACUUCCAUGUGGUCAAGAUUGCCUAUCCUCACUACAAUUCUACUACCGGGGAUAUCAUAGAUAAAAAUAAAGAUAUUAAGUGUAAUACUAAGAGCUGUAAUGAUGCGUCUUGGAGAAAUGAGAAUUGGACAUUGGGUAAUGUUCCAGGGUUGAAUCUCGAGAAUCCGCCUCAGAAGGACACGAUAGCAGUGCCUAGAAAUGGCUACAUUGUUCUAAGACUGAAAGCUGAUAACCCAGGAUUUUGGUUUAUGCACUGUCACAUCGAAAUCCACCAAAUAGCUGGCAUGGCGGUCCUCUUCCAGGAAGGUGACGUCAGCGACAUGGAACCCGUUCCAGAAGGCUUCCCCACAUGUGGCAGCUUCCAGAUGACGCCAGAAGAAUUCAAGCAAUAUCUAACACCAGAGGGCGCAAGGAAAAAGAAACAUGUGCAGAAGCGUCUAAAUACUCCUAAGCAAAUUCUGGUAGAAGAGGUUGAUUAUCAUAUAGUCGAUUACGUGCCCGUUGUAAAAGAAAGAAAAGAAGAACCAACAUCCUCUCAAGAAAGCGGGAACGUAUUUAGAGAAUUUCAUCGUUUUCAUCAUAAACACCAUAGAGUCCAUGUGGCUUUGAUUGCAGUUCUGACAUUGUCACUUUUAAUAAACUUGAUCUUCAUCACAACCUGCAUAUGUCGUAAAUGUCGACGAUCUUCUGCUGUAGACGCACUGUCACAGAAAAAGACGAUGCUUGCCCAAAAUCUUGUAAACCAUGAAGGUUUAAGUGCUUCGGAAUCCAAACAACGUCUUGUGUAAAAUUCUGAAGCCAACUCAAGCUAACAA